CUUCGCCCCCCGACUGCGAUGGCGGCGGCGGCGGAAACGCCGGGGUCGUCGGCCUCCCCUCAUCAGGAGAGGCUCCUUCAAUCCCUCUCCGCCCGCGGGUGGUGCUUCCGUGACCCCAGCAACGAGAUCAUCCAGGAGCUACUCCACGCCUCCCCCUCGCCGUCGCCGGAGGCCGUGGAGACCGAGCUCGUCGACGUGGACCUGAGGCUCUUCGGCGGCAAGUCGCUCCCUGACCGCGCCGCCGCCGCCGCCACGGGGAGGCGGCUUUCCUACCUCCAUGGCCCCAUCGUCCUACAGAUUGUGGAAGCGGCCAGAGUUUGUAGCCGAGUAGACUGACGAAAAGAUGUUCUUGGCUGUUCUUGUAUGGAUAUGUGUCAGGCCUUUGUGAAACGAUGGUGUUCUUGGCUGGACAUAAGGUUGAGAAUUUGUGUCUGGAUGCUAGGGAAUGGCCUUACUUAAGAUCGUUUCAAUCAUGUGGCUGGGGCUUGCGUUGUAUCAUUCUCAGUUUGUGGAUGGGUCGGGUUUUGUAUCCGAGCAGAUGAAAAAGAUGUUCUUGGCUGUUCCAGGGUGGCUAUCUGAACGUCCUCUGUGGAACAAUGAUGUCUAGUUGUCUAUCUCAAUGGUGAAACAUGGGCUUGUCUUUCCUGAUCAUGAUUGAACCUACAUCUAGUGUUUGUGGAGCUGAACUGUUGUCCUUGUGUUUUGGAUUUUUUUUUUUACUGUUUGAUCCCUGCUUAAUGCAAACUUGUUUGCAGGUAGUAUCAGUAAGAGAUAUAUAUAGAAGCAUCAUUGAUGCGUCCUUUAAGAACCCACAGCAACACCGCCUUCUGCGCUUUGUUCUGACUGAUGGAAUUUCUGAAGCAGUAGCGAUAGAGUUUUUCCCAAUCCCGUUUAUCAUUGAAGAUAUUGCUCCAGGUACUAAGAUUUGUCUUGAGAACAAGAUUCCAAUACAUAAUGGCAUAUUGUGCUUAAGUGCGAAGAAUAUAAGUAUCAUGGGGGGAGUUGUCCAAUCAUUGUAUGAAGAGUGGCAGAUGAACCAGAAAUUCUCAGGGUUAUCUCGUUCAUCCUUGAGGUUGUCUCAAAAUGAUGAUGGAGUUGGACCUCCACCAUUUGAGAAGUUAGAUGUUGAAGCACGUCCUAGUAGGACAUCCCGUUCUCAAACCUAUUCUGCAGAUAAUAAGGCUAGGAAACCGGAAGUCGGUCGUCAGAAUGUGUCAGUUAGUUCCAGUGGCAAACCAGUCAAUGAGAGUUCAAGUGAUGAGAACAAAGAGUCUGCAGUUGAACCCAAACAAUCUAUUUCAGAUGGCAGACCAAAAGAGGUCAGUGAAGCUAUUCCUGUUCAAAACCAAGCCACUGCACAGAAGCUUCUGCAGAAAAUGACCCAGGCUGCGCCCGAAGACAGAUAUGGUCGGGGCCAUAGAUUCAAGGGUAAAGGCAGGCAAGAAGAUACUCCAGUAUUUACCCUCGAUGAAUGGGAGAAGCGAAAAUCCGCUGGUUUGAAGUCCACAGCACAAAGCUACAUCGACGAUACCAGCCGAGACGAGGAGCUGGCAAGGCAGCUCCAGGAGCAACUAGAUCUUGAAGACUCCUAUGGAGUGCCAGAGAGUUCAGACGCAGAUCGUUUGCGGAUGAGCAUGUUCAGCUUCAGCGGUCCUGAAGAAACGGGAGGCGGGAGAAGAGAUUUUCGAGGGCGAGGACGGGGGAGAGGAAGGGGCCGAGGACGAGGGCGAGGGCGAGGCAGGGGAAGAUUUUAGCCCAAUCCAAACAUCCAAUGGCAGUGGCAAUAGCAGUUGUGGUAGACCAAGUCAUGUUCUUUCCUCUGGUUCCCUUCAGAUGAUGCUUAGCUAAAAGCUAAUGUCUCAAUUCAGAAACAACAUGUACUGUACACUAUCCUGGAUAGAUUUUUAGUUUUUUGUUCACAGAUGCAUGGAAUCAGCAUAUGAUUAGGCCCUUUUUUGACAUAGCUAUGGAUUCUUUUUUUUUUUUU